AUUGGUAAUUGCUAACUAUAGAAUCAUUACAGAUUGUUCUUUUGGACUGCAUCGAGGGAAAUGAUGUGGACAUGGAAAAGGCUUGUAGAGUUAAUUUGUAUACUGAUGCCAUGGUCACCAAUCUUUUGUGUGAACCUGCUGAGCCCAAGAAGAAGUCUAUGAAGAAGUCUAAGUCCAGGCAUGGUGUGAGGAAAACGAAGAAACUAGAAGACAUUAAUUUGAUUAGCUGGGAGGAAAGUUGCUAUGGCAAAUUAUUGGUAAGUAUCCCUGCUCCUUUUCUAUUACUCCUCAAGGCCUGUUUGGCGUUGAUCCGGGUCGCUAAGAGGGGGUGGUUCGCCGUCAUCACCGUCCACCUCGGUUCGCCGGUGCGGCGAUUUGCAUCUACUCUUGAGCACUCUUAUGUAAUUUCGUGUUGAACACUCCUAUGUACUUUGGAUUUAGCAGUCCUAUACUUCUGUUACUCCUCCUAUUGUUACCAGACAAUAUAAUUUUGUUACUCCUCAAGACAUGUUACUCCUCAUGUACUUCUGUUACUCCUCAAGUCCUAUAUGUCGCUUGGUUACAUGGCACUUAUCCGGGUCGCUAGGAGGGGGUGGUUCGCCGUCAUCGCCGUCCACCUCGGCUUCGACGGUGCGGCAAUUACCCCUAGGGCACGAGUGGAAGAAGAGGGGCAGGGGAUGCUGCCGUCAUCGCCGUCCACCUCGGCUUCGCUGGUGCGGCGAUUACCCCUAGGGCACGAGUGAAAGAAGAGGGGCAGGGGAUACGGAGUGGUUGCGUCGUGUUUUUUGGGACGAUGAUGAAUCGGUCACAUAGGAAGGAAAAGUGCUUAGUUAUUUGUAUAUGAAAACCUGAGUUGGUGAUGAUGGUGUGCCUGCCAUCUAUCACCAACAGCCGUCGGAUCUGGAUCUGAGGCUAUGGAUCAAUCUGGUGUAAUGGCCACUGCCGGCACCGUCCACCCCCAAUCUUGGUGUUCCGUGCAAUGCAUGGGCAUCUUACUAGUAAUGUAUCUAAAUGCUACCACCAAAGUGGGAUGCGGAGUGGUCGUGCUGCGUUU